GCCAAUAUUGACGAACCUAGUACCUCCAAGCACAGGAAGCAACUAAACAGAGACCAGAGACUUAUGGUACACACACUAUAUAAAGCCGGCCACACACAGAAGUGGAUCUCCGAACACCUAGGGUUUACUGAGAGGCAGGUGGGAUACGUUUUAAAGCGCCCCCUUACCCCCCAAAAAAGGCCAGGUAGACCUCCAAAGCACUUACAACGAACUUGUACCACAAUGGGUGCACCAAGGAAGACAACGAUACUGGUUGAUAACAUUGCAGUUCCGCGGUUCGCUUUCGGACUAGGAUCUUUGAUGCAAUGGGCUCCCAACCAUGCUUACCCCCUCCCUACUGACAGUAGUAAAGAAGUAACGCAGGCGCUUAAAGCGGGCUUCCGACAUAUCAACACCGGCGACAUUUACACCAACAACGAGUCCGCGGCAGAAAGCAUCAAGGCGUCCGGGAUCGCCCGUAAGGACUUGUUCUUCAGUUUAAAACUCAACACCUAUGCUGCGCUUGGAUGUAGAGGCAAGGAGAGUAUGGUGGAGAGUACCAAGAAGGAAAUUGAGCGCUUCGGACUAGACGGCUAUGUAGAUCUGUUGCAACUUCAUUUUCCGCCCAGAGGCCAUCCAGGAAAUUUGACCAACCGAGAAGCAUGGAGAGUUCUCGAAGAACUCAAAGAUCAGAAGAUGGCGAGAAUCAUCGGCUUGUCUAAUUGGACACUUGCGGACUACGAAGAUCUCAUGGAUGCUCCUGAUAUCAAGUACAAGCCGCAGAUCAAUGAGUAUGAGAUGAACCCGUUCUUACUCUCCGAUCCUAAACUACGGGAUCUUAGUUCCUACGAGAUGAAACAUGGCAUAGUUCAUAUGAACUACGGCUUCUUGUCUAUUCUAUCCGGCAAGCUGCCACAUGAUGGAGCUCCAGCAUUGCUAAAAGAGUUAAGACUGUUAUCGAACGAGACUAAUCUCACGGAAACGGAACUGCUUCUUGCUUGGGCAUACGACCGCCUAGAUGGUAUCGUCAUAUCGUCAUCAUCUCAAGAGCACCGCUUGGUAGGACUUGCAAAACUGUUCCUCGAUAAAGACCAGGUUUCUUUAGAGCAAAGUGUCUACGACCGUAUUGAGAAGACUGCAAGCGAAGACGGUUAUGAGGGGAAGACGUUUUACAAGCAUGGCCAUAUGGAUGCCGCUGCAAGCAAAGGUUGAUUACGUCGCAGUUCUACUACGCGCGACGAGCUUCUCAUACCUUUCUCCAUGAAUAUAUGCAUUAUGACCCGUGCU